UCACGGACAGUUGUAAAUUUAAGUAAUGGCUUGGGACAAAGAGAAGACUCUAUUAUUCAUAGAAAAAUAUAGGGAAAUCAGGGAAUUAUGGGACCCUAAGCAUCCUCAACACUUUAAUAAAAUAAUAAAACAAGACGGUUGGGUGAAAUUAUCGGAUCAAUUUGGAAUAACCGUAGAAGAAUGUCAAAAGAAAAUCACAAGCCUGUUAGCAUCUCUUAGAAGAGAAAAGAGCAAAAUGAAAAAAAGUGCUUCAGGAACCGGAAAAGGUGCAGAAGAAGUAUAUACUAGUACCUGGUUCGCAUAUGCAGCUUUAUCAUUUAUACUGGACAGAUAUGAACCACGGAAGACAACAGAUUCAAUUCCUUGUGAACCUGGGACACAAGACUUGCAGGAGACUCGCAACAAGCCACCUGAAAAUCCUGAUGCACCACAACGGAAAAAAGCGAAGGUGGAUGGAAGUGAUGAAAUAAUGCACUCGACUUUCCAAAUUUUGCAAGACUUUACUUCUGCUAAAUCGGAUGAAUGCACUACUUUUGGGAAAUUUAUUACUGAAAAACUCAAGACGUACUCUCAAAAUACUAGGGCCUGUGUACAGCACCACAUUUCCAAUAUCUUGUUUAGUGCCGAUCGCGGUGAAUAUGAGUACAUGUACCAGCAACAUGGAUAUUGGACUCCUGAUUCUCAACUUUCGCGUAAUGAAUCAAACCAUGCUGGACCAUCAGGCCUCCAAAGUACACCCUCACCAGCAGCAGUUCCAUCCACUGCAGACGCCCAACUUUCUUCGCCUGAAGCCAGUAUUAAUAGCCAAGAAAGUGAGGGGUUUAUGCGUGAAUUUGGAGAUCUGAUUGAUUAAUAAACUAGAUUAAUAAACUCACCA